CCUCACUUUGAUCCCGAGCGUUGGGCAAAAAUGUCUUCAGAUGCUUACGCGUCCAUGUUUCUCGGGUUGGGGAAAGCCCAUGUUUCCCAUGUUACAAAUGUACCCAAGCCUAAGGUAAGUCCGGCGGCUGGGUCCGGGUCUUCUAGCCGCCCUGAUCCGGAAAAUGAGAAAGCUGUGGAGACGUUGGGUGCCUCCGGGUCGGUGAAUCCGAGCCCGGAUGUCAAGAAGCCCUCCAAAAAGAAGAGGAAGAAGGAGGAGAGGAAAGCAGAGAAGGCUGAAAAGAAGGCUGCCCGGGUCAAGACUACUCCGGGUUCAUCGAAGGGGAAGGCUAUUGCUGCCAUGGAGUCUGGAUUGUCUGGGGAUCGGGUUGGUGAUCAUUCAAUUUGGGCUGCGGCCAAUAUCAUGACCACAAUGGCCCCUACUGAGGAGUGGGAGAGAAUGACCAAGUCCGGGUUGAUGAGGACUUUCAAUGAGGUUGUCGUUCAUUGGGGGAAGUUGGGGGCUACUGUUGCCUGCUUGGCUAAUAUGGCUGUGGAAGUUGAAGGCAGCGAUCAAACUCAGUUGGAGGAGCAGCAGGCCCGGAUCUCGGCUCUGCAGACCGAGGUUGGAAAUGUGAAGUUGCUGAUGUCCGGGAUGCAGACUUCUCUGAAGAAAAAGGGAGAUGAUCUUGUGGCUGCGGAGUCCCGGAGUGCGACCUUGCAGACGGAGAAGGAGAAGGCCGAGAAGGAUGCUGCUGAUCUCCGGGCGGAGGUGGAGAGGUUGAAGAAGGAACUUGCUGAGAGGGAGCCCGAGAAAGCUGUGAUUGAGAAGUACAAGAAAUCUGAGGAGUAUGACAAAGCCUUGGCCGGAGCUGGGAUCCCGGAGGUGAUCCGGAGCUGGAAGAUUGCCGAAAGACACAUAAAAACGGAUCCGAAGGCUAGCUUUGAGAGUUUCUGGCAGUUGUUUCUCAAGGCUAAGAAGGAUGUUGAAAAGGGGCUUCCAGAGCCGGACUUUUACGAGGGUCCUACCCCGAGUUUCAUCUCUUCUGCGGCUACUCCGGAUCCCGCUGUGAACCGCGUCGCCAUGCAAACUGAGGCUUCUCCGGAGAAGCCGGACGAUGAGCAGCCGGAGGAUGAACAGCCAGAGGACGAGCAGCCCGAGGAUGAGAUCAAUGAGCCCUCUGGAGAAGAAGACUUGGAUUAAUAUUUCGGGGUUUAUUCCCUUGUAAUCUUUUGACGUGUUUCUGAAAACUUGUUUCCGGAUUGUGGAUGGUUUUUGGGACGGUGAUCCGGACAUAUCUUGGUCCGAAGUGAAUGCUGAACUUAUUGUUGCUGUCGUUAAAUAUUAUCACCUGAUUUUGUUCGUCGUU